AUGGCCAAGGAGAAGGCCAAAGUUUACCGCCUUCAAAAAACAGUCAAAAACUCUACAGCAUUUCAAGGGCCUGCUAUUUGUGCAUCUUGCAUGGAGAUCAGCAGGUCCAAGCAGUUCAAGUUUGCAUGCUCUUGGCCAGUUCCUACGGUGAAUAACAUAAAAUAUCUUAAUACCCAUUACCGUGACAAGGAGGCCGCGCUCAUGUAUGCCAGAGCACUAGGGCUUCAAGACAUCUUUGAUGAGGUCUAUCAGAACUCUGUGUAUAUACGCUAUAUCAAAGGGGUCCUCAAAGGUGAAUAUGCCAAUUGUCGCAUCUUCAAUGGUUUGCUCGUGGCCAUUGUCGAUGGUCAGGAACGUACUCAGGCUGGGAAGGGACUGCAAAACAUGAAAUACACGCCUAGCCUGGACGACUUUGCACAUAUAGCUCUUAUCGAGAGCCCGGGAGUUUACAGAUUCAUGGGACAGCAUUUCAAUUUGCAUAGUCCUCGAAGCUUUAAGAUGAAGCAGGCGGCUAUGCCUCGCUUCCCCUCCGUGAUUGGACUCUCAUCAUACGACUGUGUCGCUCAAAUCAUCAAAUCCUUGGAUCAUCAUGGUCCUCUUGGGCUAAGCUGCGACAAUACAAAACUGUAUGCUACGCUACGUACAUACUGGGAUGCUGAAUUGCAACAACAUGUCUUGGUUGGCCAUAUAGGCAACCCCAUACCUAUUCCAACUCCACAGGACCUCAAGAAGAUUCUAAGAUCAGGGGAGCUUGAGAAAGCUACAAAGGUUCGCAUGUGGACUGUUCAAGUGCCACUAUCUGGGGCACCAUCAAUCAUUGCUGCAGCCAAAGCUAUCCCAAACUCCUUGAGUGCCAAAGCUCUUUUCAAAAUGAGUGACAAAAUCCUCACAGAGAUGGAGCGCAAACUCCAGCGUCUCAUAGUUGCGCAUUCUCCAUUUUGUGUCACAUAUAUGAUCCCUCAUCCUUGUCCCUUAUCCGCUUUCGAUCCUUUGGAAGUCACACUUCCCACCUACAACAACCGGCUUCUUGUCAUGAUCCAAGACCCAAAGCACACACUGAAGACCAUUUGGAACAACAACUGCUCUGGUGCGAGGUUGUUGGUCCUCGGAAACUCUGUUGCUUUGUAUUCUGACGCUCGCAUUUUUUCAUUUGGGCCCAGAACACCGCCACUAUACCAUUGUGAUGUUGAAAACAUGGACCGUCAGGAUGACAAUGCAGCCACACAAUUUUUCUCUGCAUCCACUCUGGAGUACUUGGUUCAAGAGUUCCCAGAUCGAGCUGGGCAGAUUGUGUAUCUCUUUAUCUUUGGCAAGCUUGUUGAUGCAUACCAAAACCGGAAAAUUGACCAUAUUACUCGCAUCAAGAUGGUCCUGCAUGCUCGCAAUUUCGUAGAUCUCUGGGCAUGCUUCCUCAACAGGGCUAAAUACCCUAAAGCAAAGUAUUUCAUCUCCAGAGAGGCCACUGACAUCAUUCAAAUUGUCGUCGAGGGCCUCAUAAGCCUCAUCAUCAUCUACCGUGAUCAUCUAAAUGACGACAUCUAUCCUCUCUUAUUCUGGCUUCAUUCUAGCGAGCUGUGCAAACACGUCUUUGCCGAAGCUUGCAAGCUCAUCAAAGAUUUCACAUUCCUUGACUUACUCUAUAUGAUGCCUCGACUGCAUGUUAGUAUCCGUGCCAUAGUACUUUUAGGCCACUCUAGUGAUCCUAAAGCUCAUGCAGCUGGCUAUGCCCAUACAUAUUUUGAUUCUCAUGGAGCUAAUCUCAGACUAUUGUCAGCAUUCCCGACCGACACAGAGAUUCAGGCAGCAGCUCAAGAUGCUUGGUCCAAAGCUGAAAAUCCUUUCAGCAUUCUAGGGAUUUCACCCUUGGACCUACUCUUGCAGCUUCCUACUCAUCUCAUUUUACCCAGUGUCAAAUCUUGGUUUCACCUAGAGACUUCAAAGCAUGAUGAAGAAUCGGAAGAGGAGCCAGACGGAUGGUGUACUGAUCAUGACCACGAUGACAAUAAUGAAGCCAAAGAUCUGAAGCACCUUCUUAGGGUCAAUGAGACAGCUGUUGGUCACAUACACAAGGUUGAUAAAUGCAUGUUCAACCUAUCAUUGGCAGCCAUCGCAGUGGAUGUUGACAACCUCUACAAAGCGUGGAAACUCACUGUCGAGCCUUUACUCAAGGAACAAGAGAGAGACAUACAGGAAGAUAUAGCUGCAAUCUCCCAUGUCAUGGCUGCUGCUCAGCUUCCUGCCCUGUCUAAUCUGCCACUGGAGCCUCGACAUAUCUUUGACAUGCAUUUGACAUUAGCCAUCAAGCUCAACUUGGCAGCUCUUGUGAAAGUCCGGAAAGCACACAAGACACAGUGCGCUCCUGAUGGCAUUUGUAAAUCACUGCAGGAUGUUCAGUCAGCUCCAUUGAAAAAGACCACUAGUGGUGUUUGCCAACAGAUUGUCCGUGAGAUGAAUGCCAUGCUUUGUCAGCAGCAGGACAAGGGGAUUGGCACAAGCCUCGAGCAGAAGGAGAGAUGGAAGGGUUCUGCACCUGGAGGCCGAAGUGCUCAAGCAGUCGCCGGCCAACAAGCAGCAGCACAAUACUCUCUUUCAGAUUCAUCAAUAUCGGAAGCUUGUGUUCUCUAA